CGCGGCUCUCGGCUCGACUUACUCCUGCGCGCUGCUACCCCUCAUCUUCUCUAAACUCUGGUCUGGAGAGCCUCCUAUUACCGCUUGAACCUCCUCGAAAACCCUGAAGCUAGCGCAUCUUCGGAAUGGUUGUCCUCGCAGCUUCAAUAUGCACGAAGGGCGGAAAACCCAUCGUGUCUCGCCAGUUCCGUGACAUGUCGCGAGCGAGGAUAGAGUCCCUUCUCGCGUCCUUCCCGAAACUCAUCCCGACCAACACUCAACACACGUCGGUCGAAACAACCGACGUCCGCUAUGUCUAUCAACCACUGGAAGACCUCUAUAUAAUCCUCAUCACGAAUAAGGCGUCCAACAUCCUGCAAGACAUCGACACUUUACAUCUCUUCGCGCGCGUUGUCUCCGACCUCUGCAGGAGUGCGGAGCAGCGCGAGAUCGUCAAGAACGAGUUCGAACUGCUCUUCGCGUUCGACGAGAUCGUGAGCCUGGGGUACAGGGAACCGGUCAACCUGAUGCAGGUGCGGAACGUGCUCGAGAUGGAGAGUCACGAGGAGAAGAUCCAGGAGAUCAUUGCCCGGAACAAAGAAGCAGAGGCGAAGGAAGAGCUCAAGCGUCGCGCCAAGCAGCUCGAGAUGCAGCGCCGGGAGCAGCAGAGGCGCGCCGCCGCCGGUGCGCCGUCCGGGGGAGGCUACCUCGGCGGUGGCAUCUCUGGGUACGCGCCAGUCGCCCAGCGCGAAUAUACCCCUCCUGCGGCGAUCCGCACCAACUCGCCUGCGCCGUCCAGUCUCCGGGCACCCGCAUUCAAGGGCAGCGGUAUGAAGUUGGGUGGCAAGAGGACCCAGCAAUCGGCACUGCUGGAUGCCCUUGGUGGAGAGGCUCUUCUCUCCGAGGACAUGUCUGCGCCAGGCACUCCCGCUGUCUCCCACACUCCCGAGCCCGUCGCGUCAGCACCGAAGAAUGAUCGUGGUAGCUUACCCCCAGUCGAGGCGCAGAGCGUGCACGUUAUCGUUAAAGAGUUUAUCAACCUGGAACUCAUGCGCGAAGGCGGUCUGACCAACCUCGAAUUGCGGGGUGACAUGAACCUGCAGAUCUCGGACCCCGACCUGGCGCGUCUGAAACUCACGCUGGCCCCCGCGCCUGCUAGCUACGGCCCUGAGCUGCAAUUCAAGCAGCACCCGCAGGUCGCGAAAUUUGCAGCGAACAGGGACCGCGUUGUGGCGCUCAAAGACGCUUCGCGCAGUUUCCCCGUCGGCCAGCCGCUUGCCGUGCUGAAGUGGAGAUACUCCGGCAAGGACGAGACGUAUGUCCCGCUGUCGAUCAACUGCUGGCCCACGCCGUCCAACGACGGGACGUGCGACGUGAACAUUGAGUACGAGCUCGAGGCCGAGCACGUUUCCUUGCACGACGUCGUGAUCUCGAUCCCCUUGCCGGAUGGGUCGUAUCCCACGGUCUCGUCGCACUCGGGCGAAUGGUCGCUCAACCCGUCGAGCCAUUCCCUCGACUGGGCCAUCCCGCUCGUCAACGCGGAGGAGCGGUCCGGCUCGCUCGAGUUCUCCGUUGGCGGGGACGACCCUGGGGUCUUCUUCCCCGUCAGCGUGUCGUUCGUUGGAGAGGGCAGCGUCGCGGGCGUCCACCUGGCGUCGGUCGCGCGCAUCGACAACGGCGAGGACGUCACGUUCUCGGAGGAUGCGACCGUGGUCGUCGAAAACUAUACCGUCGUCUAGAUUGUACAUCGGCAUGUUUAUGUAUUCGUCAGCAAGGAGGUGUAUCGAUGGAUCAAUCGUCGUCUGUCCGAAUCGGAAUGUGCGCAUACAAAGUCCCAGGGGUGAGAGUACUCCAGUCAGUAACUAGUCCGCGGUGUCCUUGAGACGCCAGAUACAUGAUCGGCGGUCUCUAACCAGUCCGUGGUACGUGCAUAUGGUAUGGUGGUAUGGUAUCGAUCGUGUCCAGUCCAUGUCCGAGAUGUCCUCGUGGUAUGUGUAUCAUCUGCCAAAUUUUCAUCGUGAGUGCGGGAGAGCGUACGAGCUCACAGUCUUGCUCUUCAGGUGCAUCGCAGCCAGGUUCUCGCCCAUCUCGUUUAUGUCGUUCGUCGAGUUCACCCGCGCCCUUCCGGGCAUCCGUCCGUUGAACGAGCCGGUGGGAGGUGCCAGCCGUUGGUCGCUGAUCGUGCGGUGGUUCGGGAAGAACGACAUCCUCCCGUUGGCCGCUCCUGCGUCCCCAACGAUGUCCGGGGUAGAGUGCCUUGGGAAAAGCACCGGCGAGCCAGGGGGCAUCAACCCCAUUUGCGGAAAUACGGGCGGGGUAGGCACGAACGGGAUCCCAGGCGCCAUGGACGGGCUCCAGCUGGGGCCGCGCAGCAUGGGGGAUACGCCCUUGGGCACGCGUGGAACGGGCGCCUUGGUGUCCGGGUCGAACAGCGCCUGGAGCCCGAGCAGGCACAUGAACGCCGCGUUCCCGGCGUUGUGCAGCACGCGCUGGACAUCCACGCCGAGUGACUGGAGUAGCGCCGCGAGCGAGAGGCUGGAGCCCUGCUCGCGGGCCUUCCCGGACGGCUCCUGCAUCGCGCCGCGCUGGCCGGUGCUGUAUAGCUGGCGCUCGAACGCCAUCGUGUCGACGAUGAGCAGAUUGUGUGGGAGCUUGAUCCUCAUUUCCUCGAGGCGGCGGAGGUCUCCGGUGGUCCCGUGUGCGACAAGCACGAGUGUAUUUGGGAUCGUCUCCGAGUCGGGGCUCAUCAGGCUGCUGAUGAUGGCUUGGAUCAUGUGUGACAGCUUGGCUUUCGGGACGACCUGGCUUUCACCGAACGCAUAUGCCCAAGGAAAACUUGGCCGGUGCCUGUUGUGCACCUUGUCCACAUACUCCGCAACAAUGUAGUGCCCACGUCUGUAGUUUGGCUCCGGAUCAGGAGGCCAUGCUCCAGCUGUAUCAAGGUGUCCGCAGCGCACGGCAGCGUAGCCCCACUCAACGCACGACGCGGAAUUGCGUUCCGACCAUUCAAAGUCAAUGGCCAAGAAAGUCUUGUCUCUAGAGGCCCACAGCUCUCGGACGCUCUGGGGCUCGCCGUUCCGCACUCGGACCUUCU